AGCACGUCUUCUCUCGACAUUGCUUCAGAUAAAAGUGAACAAGUAGCCAAGUCAUAUUUCAGUUAUUCGCCGAAGAAAUAAAAACCGUGUCCAUUUUAUUCUUUUUUUAAAUACACUAAACGCUUACGGCUCCCGUUGGUACAGUCGGGUAGCUUUUUAGGAAGGGAGGAGGAAUGAAGGGUGGUGAGGGAGUGAAGCCUCGUAUUACCGAUUGGGUAAUUGAGCACUUUGAUUGACAUCUGAGUGCCAAAAGGCAUAGGCGCCUUCCGAUUGGACAGGGUGCACUUCACAAUCCUCUCUUGUUCUUCGGUAGCGUGUAGUCUCAGCAAUGUUACCUUGGCAGUCGGUAGUGUGAGUCAGUUGCGGCAGAGGAGUGCAGUAUAGCAGCAACAGCGACACUUAUACAGCAACAAACCCGUAACUGGUGCUGUUGCAGCUUCAACCUUUAUGCAGGAAGCCUUGUCGUCUCAGCAGUCUGGCUUAGCAGUUUUUCAACCUAUAAGAAAUAAUUAUCUACAUAGGCUGCAUAGAAAAAAACUGUUUCUUCCUACACUGACCUGUAGCUACUAAGAAUGAAGUGCUUUUCCCCCUUGCACUUCUGGCGGCUGAUGCCCCUGGCUUUGACUGUGGUGCUGGCUCCUGCAAGCCAGGCUUCAGAAUAUGAAUACAUGAGCUGGAAGUCGGACCUCUACAAUGGCGGACGCAUCUAUGGCAAGCCCCCACAGUGCGUGGACAUACCGGACGACCUGAAGCUCUGCCACGGCGUGGGUUACAGCCAGAUGCUGCUGCCCAACCUGCUGGAGCACGAGACCCUGGCCGAGGUCAAGCAGCAGGCGGGCAGCUGGGUGCCUCUGGUGCUGAAGAACUGCCAUGAGGGCACGCAGGUCUUCCUCUGCUCCCUCUUUGCCCCCGUCUGUCUGGAGCGCCCCAUCUACCCUUGCCGCUGGCUGUGCGAGGCGGUCCGCGACAGCUGCACCCCCAUCAUGGAGGCGUUCGGCUUCCCCUGGCCCGAGAUGCUCACCUGCGACAAGUUCCCCCAGGACGACGUGUGCAUCGCCAUGAGUUCUGCCAACGCCACCGUGGCCACCAAGCCCACAGGCUACUCCCCCAUCUGCCCGCCAUGUGACAACGAAAUGAAAACAGACGCCAUCCUGGAGCACAUGUGUGCCAGCGAGUUCGCCAUCAAGACCAAGAUUAAGGAUGUGCGGAUAGAGAACUCUGACCGCAAGGUGAUACUGCAGAAGAAGAAGAAGACCUUGAAGUUGGGGAACCUGAAGAAGAAGGACCUGAAGAAGCUGGUGCUUUACCUGAAGAACGGAGCCGACUGCCCCUGCCAGCAGCUGGAUAACCUGGGAAACGCCUACCUGAUCAUGGGGCGCAAGGUGGACAAGCAGUAUCUCCUGACUGGAAUCCACAAGUGGGACAAGUCCAGCAAGGAGUUCAAAAAGGCCGUGAAGAAACUUAGGAGCCACAAGUGCCCAGCGUUUGAGCCUGUCUUUAAAUAAUCAGCUCUUCUUACAUCUCAAGAUACUUAAGAACUUGCACAACCAAACAACCCAAAACUGUCCUUAUUGUCAUGUUUUAUAUAUAAAAAAAUAUAUACAAAUUUACCCUUUGUAGUGAAUGGCCCUAAUUGUCUUAUUUUAAUUUCGUUCUUUUCCUUAUGAGUGGCAGUAUCUAUCUACUUUAUGUAUGCUUGUAUGUGACAGUGUUUGUACUGAAGUGCCCUUGUCUCUCAAAAAUUUGUGGUUGAAACAGAACCAUGAUGAGAGCAAACCUGUCCAGUUUGUGCACGUGUAGUAAACUUGCAGUUGUAGAACAAUCAAACCAUAAAACACCAAAUUCAGCUUUAUUUGAUUAAUAGAUCACUUCUUGCUUUCACCAUAAGUCUAUGAUCUUAGAAUUUUGGUUUCAACCUUAGAACCAGAAAUUGUUGAAUGUCAGUGGCAUGGCCAUUGGUCACAGUUCUAUUAUUUUUUUAACUGAAAUUUUCAGAGAAGACUGAACAUUGAGUAUUCCACACUUACCUGUGUUCAGAAAGGACACUGGCACACAAUGAUGAAUCAAUCAUUAAUUUUUAUGUUUAUGAUUGCCAAUUUUAUAGUAACACAACACAUUUUUUAUAAUUUGUUAAAAUUUCAAGGCUAUUUGAUGUAAUGUAUGAAAAAUAUCACACAAUUUUGUACACCCACAUUUAAACUAUUGGAAUUAUUUUAUCAAAAUGGUACAUAUGGUACAACAUUGGCACAUCUCAUUGUCUGUAUCAUUUUUAGCUUUAAAAGCCUUGCUACAACGAGAGCUAUAGGUGUAGCCAUUUAUUAACUUGCUGUCCAUACUUAUGAUAAAUUACAAAAUUACAUUUUGCUUUCACAUGAUUACAUUGCUGCACUAACUUUUUAGACUAAGUUUUGUUACAGCAGACAUUUCGCUUUUUUCUUUAUUUGUUGUCAUUUUGGCCUAUCCAUUUGUACGUCUGUUUUAAAUUGCUUGGUAAUACUGUGAAACACUGUUAAACCUUUUAGCUGCAUCAAAAUAUAUUAUGUGCCUAAUUGUUUACUUCAAACAUUUCCCAUCGGUAGCAUGACAAUGUUAGAAAUUUCUUGUUCUAAUACAAACAGUUACUUUUGGGGGAAAAUACCUUUAUUCUUUUUGUACAUAAAAUAUUUUGUCUGUAACAAUCAUUGGUAUACUCAAAAAGCAAAGGCAACAAAUUGGAACCAAAAACAUCCAUGUGUUUCUGACAUCCAUGUGAUUCAUUAAGAAGCUGAUGGGUAGAUCUCUCUAAUACUCAAUCCAAGAUCAGUUUAGUAGUUUGUAAUAUUGUAGAAAUUGCUCUAACACUAGCAGCACUAUAAUGAGAAAUGUUAAAGGAUAGAGGGUCCACAGUUUACCUAUUCACUAUAAAUCUGGGCUAUUUACAUCAGCCUACAUGUCUAGGUUGUUUGUAAUGUGCAAGUUAUUGCAUAAAGGCCAGUUCACACACUACUAUGUGCUAGAAUGUAGGUACUUACUAAUAACUGGUGCAGCUGGACCCUGGGCCCCUUAUAGUUUUUCACAUCUCAAGACCAGAAAUUUACAAUGCACCUGUUAUAUCACACAAUGUGUCACACUGAAUUCAAUCAGUGACUGCUUAUAGUAAGCUACUGGCCAUGUUCUCCAAGAGCUUUAGGUGUAGUUCAUGUUAAAGAUUGUCAUUUAAAACUUGUUAUCCUGACAGCUGAAAUGGGUAGCUGUAUGACUUCACAUUUUUGUUUUAUAGUUACAUCGAUUUUGUCAUUUGAGUAUUGAUUAUGUGAUUUUAAUAGGCAUUGGCUUUCUGAUAUACAAAGAUGUACAAUGUGCCAAAUGUUGACAUUGUAUUUUAUUUCAUGUCCUUAUGGAAUAGUGGAUUGGACUGAAAGGUAUUUCCAUGGAUUUGUGUAUUACUGCAUUUGACCAAAGUUUUCUUGACUUCAUUGUGGGGUCAGAUCUAAGGUUUCAAUGUUCAUUGAAUUUUUGGAGACGGACACCCCAUUUCAUUGUAAGACUAAAAAUGCUUAAUGAUUAAUGUAUAAUAUUUUGUUUAUAAUUAUAUUGGCUUAUCAGAGCACUAUCAGGUUAAAUUGACAGUGAAUUUGAACAUUUUCGCCAGCUGUUAUGUACAUAAAAUUUAACACAAGUAUAAAAGAAAAAAUGACCAAAAAAA